AUGGCGGAUCACUUCGACACGACAGUGUCCGACAAGCGACAGCGACCACCGGAUGCAGAGGACACCGAGGACUGCGUAAAAGAUCCCAUCACACUAAUCUUCGACCGCUUCUGGGCCAAACUACGGGCACACAUCAAGCCUGCAAUGCCCAGCCAAACAUUACCCACAAGGGUAAGAGCCGAUGGUGGACGGGAGAGUGGGAGUCCUCCUCAGGGCAACUCUAAGACCCCCACAUCGAUCCCCCACAUCCUAAGCCCUCCCAGGCUGAGAGCAAGAUGGGGAGUACCCCAGAGGCGCUGGCCACACAAGCGGAGAGGGGCAAGACGAAACCCCAAGCGACCUGACCUACCUUCCCGCACCAACCCGAAAGGGCCGACCCUGGACCAUGAAGGUUCCCAGCCUCGUGGCCUACGAGCGCCAGUUCUCCCACAGCUCCGGGGCAAGAGGGGAUUCCCGCAACCGAGACACUAUGGCACUACCCAGAUGAGAUGGAACUCAAGCGUGAGGCCCAAACCUGAACGGCAGCAGACAACCGGAGGUCACAGGGCCUGCAGCGAUAAGACUAAUAUUCUGGCACAAGCUUGA